AUGGAAGGUGCGAUACCGCCGACACUUCUUCAUCUUGUCGAUGCGCUUGUUGAAUCCAGUGUUGGCAAAUUCAAUCUGGAUUUGAACAAAAAUUUGACCAUUGAUUUGUUCGAGGGAAAGCAGAAGAAUAGUGAAGAAUUCGUUGCGCAGUGGCGUGACAUCACCGGAUUUGUUGUUUCAGACAAAUUCCGAUUCGAAGAAGUUCUAAUCGACAGAUCCUAUCUGACCAACCUGAAAGAAGCCGAAAGCACAGUUGUCAUCGAGAAGAUUGACAAGGAAAACCUUCUUCCGGUGCUCGACUAUGACGGGGAAAUUUCUAUCUACGACCGCACAGAGCACGUCACUGCUUUACUUCGAACACCUGGAAUCAAUGGCAAUGUAGCGCUUCGAGAUGGGCAACCGUGUGGUUAUGCUCUUUCUUGUAAAAACCGUGUUCUUCUCUGCUAUGCAGAAAACGAGGAAGUUUUCAAGUAAGU